AAAUACCCAACAUUGACUGGGGGCUCGUCCGGGAUCUCAACAAUACCGGAGGUGUCCAGCGGAGGUCGUCAAGUCCAGACGUAAAUCCUUGGCCAAGGUCCGAUCGAUUGAUCGUGUCUGCCAUUGUCGGCCACCGUUGGCAUUGUCUGGUUGACGAGAUUUUCCCGAAGAAGACAGACAGGAAGUCGAGUCAGCAGCUUGGGGGUAUGAACAGAGUGGAUGCAGAUCUUGCAGAAGAAUCCAGGAUGAUGGAGCUAAUAGCACACAGGCACUUUGAGUACUUUCUUCAGCUUAAGGUCUUUGCUGCGUGGAGAAAAGCAACGCGUGCAAUAUUAAAGCACCACCAGCAACUGGAAGCACUCACCAGGGCUCAGAGUGUCAUGAAUCAAGUGCGGCUGCUGGGGUCUUUCAGGGAAUGGAGGACACAAAAAAGAGAGGCUCAGAAGGAGAGGAAGCACAUGGAAAAAGCCAAACAACACCAUAAUUCCAAACUGCUCUCUAAAGUGAUGAAAGCAUGGAAACUGCACCACUGUCAAUAUCUCAAGUACAAGGUAAUGAAGCGGCAGGGAAUCCUGCUGCUGAGAUUAAAGACCUGGCAGACAUACUUUGAACAGUGGAAAACAGAGCUCCAGCACAGAAGAAGAACUGCAAAGCAGACAGAGCGAGCACUUUGGCAUUGGUCUCUGACUCUCCAAGCCAAAGUGUUGUACAGAUGGAGACUGUGGGUUACAGAGCAGUGCCACAAGCGCGAGCAUGCAGCCAGAGCUGCACAGAUCUACAGAGACCAGCUGCUGAGGGAGGGCGUGACGAGCAUCCUCACAUAUGCUGUGCACAUGAACAGCCUCACCUCGAGUCUGGUGGAGUGCAGCCGGACACAGCCAAGACCUGAAACAUCGCUUCACCUCCAGAAAGUAGUUCAUCGUUGUGCCAUGCGGUGGAAGCAGCGGGCUCUGUGUAAACCAGGCAGAGAGAAGGAGUCCAGAAGGCUACCACCAAAGAAGAGCGUGACGUUCUGUUUCCCCACAUCUGAUGUGGACAGCAAAUCGCACCAUUUUUCCCAGACUGACUCUAAAAACGGAGCUCAACUGUUGAGUGAAACUGAAACACAGUCAAUGGACACUGAUGGCUAUUUUGGAGCUCCACUGCAGUCACAUGCAUGUACUGCUCCUCAUCAGCUGGCACCAAGUUCUCUACGUUUCCAGCCACACACAGUACCAGUGAGCCUAAAACCUUCAAGCACAGUAGACUCUCUUCAGGAUGUUCUUCUGCCUCCUUCUGCUUUCAUGGUUGCUCCUGGUACCCAGCUUGUGUUGGAGAAAAUUGAAAAUGCUCCACUUGUGCCCUCUCAUCAGUUCAUCCAGGCCUCAGCUGAUCAAGGUUUUGUUGUUCUUCCUCAUGAUGUACGUUUGAGAACAUCCGAUAAAGAAGCCGAUCAUCCAAAAGUGAAAGAUGGACUAACUGAUCCAAGGCUGACCCUGACACAAGAACUCUUCUCGAUUCGAAUGGACAUGAAUAGCUUCCAACAAGACCGGAAACAGCUCCGGGCAUGGCGAAAACUGAAAGAGGUCUUAAACGCUUGGCUGCAGACCAGUGGAAAGGAUGAACAUGUUGAAAAAAACCUUGUUUUUCAAGAGCUGAAGGAGUUGGAGGAGCGCAUUGACAGACUGUCCUCUGAGUUGGAAGAAAGGAAGGAAACGAUGAGACUGCACGCAGAGAGGAUCAAGUAUUUGCAGACUGCUGUCAGCACUUCAGGAGUCGAAACUGAACGCUCUGUGUUUACAACAUGACAACAGAUGGUGCAUGUCGUCACAUACUCAUGUUUUCUCCUGCUUCCUGUACAGGCUGUUUGUCAUUGGUGUAGCUUAUAUACAUUUUUAA